GAGAACGAAAUAAUGAGAGAUACCUUUUGCCCUUAACUGCUGUAAGAGAUCGUGUUGCAACAACCUUAAACCCAAGUGUAUCUACUGUAUAAAACAAAUGGGAAACAAAUUCACCAAGGCUUGGAGUUCUUUAACGUCCUAAUGUUGCAGUAAAGAGAACUUUAUUUUUAAGAAAUUAUGUUUGAAGAAAGUAUCUUUGUAUUUGUUUUCAUCGAAAAAACACGGAUCUUCCAAAAAAUGAAACAAAAAGUAAUUCAUGGCAAAAUGAAGACAAAAGAAGUAUCAGAGCUCCAAAAACAGUGUUAAAGGAUAUAUUAUAAUCAAUGCUGGUAGCGAGGAUGGAUUUGUUCACAGUGCAUGAACGAUAUUUUUUUUUAAACCAAACUAUGUGAUUACCAGGGAGAAAUGAAUAAAGAUGACUUUUUACAGUGGCUUGAAGGGCAGUUAUUAAUGAGCCUUGUACAACCUUUGAUAAUGAUUAUGGGCUGUGCUUCAUACCAUAGCAUGUUGCUACAUAAUAAGCCAAAUUCAAGUAUACCUAUGGCUCAAAUACAAGAAUGGUUGACUAAGAAAAACAUACACUUUUCAGUUAAUAUGUUUGUGAACUUUUGGAAGUAGUUACAACAAUCAGUGAGGAAGAUAAGGUGUCCCAAAAAGUGUGCAAUAAGUGCAUCUUUAAUGUCGUUAAAAUGUUUGAGUUUAGGGAACAAUCUAUAAGAAACGAUAACAAACUGAAGGAAAAAUAUGCAGAGAUUACAAAAAAUCGACAAACUAACGGUGAAGUAGAUGUACUUAAGAAAGAUGCCAUAGGAGAAAACAGUUGCGGAGUAGUUAGAAAAAAAGGUUCUGAUAUCAAAGCUAAGCUAAAAGAACGUAGUAAACACAUAGUUCAUCCGAGCAUAACACCAAUUUUCAAAAAAUAUCCCAGUAUACGUUUGCCCUCAGUAUGCAUAAAAUCGAACAUAUCUCCUACUGUAGUUAUGGGUAUGGACGAAGUGGAAAACUAUUUUAAAAAACGAAAUUUAGAUAUGCAGAAGUAUAUAAAUAUGGCACUGACGAACCAGAAACGAAGAGUUGCAAUGAAGAGUACCUCAAAAGCUACAAUAUCUAAUUUUAUAAAGAAAAAGACAAUUCCUGAAUACUUUUCUGCGCUCAAAAAUUCGAAUAUUGAUCUUUCAGAGAGUCCGGAAGUUAGUAGGGGAGUUUCAAAUUUGCGAAAACGAAAAAGGUCGAUAUCUAGUGGCAGUUCUUCAUCUCAAAACGUUAUGAAACCGUUGCAGAUUGAUACUAGUGAAGAUUUAUCUUCUUCAAGUCCAAGUCCUGUCCCAUCGGUGAUCAGUGAUGUGGGUUCUGAUUUAUCAUUUACCCAAUCUAAAGAAAUGCAUAUGUGUAAUAUUUGCAAUUCGGUAUUUGCUCUAGCAGUCAGUUUGAAAAAACACCAGCUUAAGCACCUUCGCUGUCAAUUUUGUAAAGUUAAAUUUACCUCUAUAAAAGCCAAAGAUACACACCUUAAAUACAAUUGUAAAGUGCAAAAAAUUAUGAAAUCUAUGGCCCACUUGCCCGAUAUACCGCUUCAGAAAAUAGAGCAAAAUGUGAAAAUACGACAAAAAUUUCAAAAUACCUUCGCUGCGUUUAAUCUACUUCCAAAGGAGAAUAGUACUACUGCGAAACGUCAGACAAAAAUUUCAAAUAUUAAAAAACCGGAUACAGAUAAAACUGCAACCAAAAAAUUAAAAGAUAUUGAAAUCAAGAUACGUAACAGCCAAAUAUAUGCUAUGGGUCAUCCAGAAGCUACUGAUAAUGACACUAAAAUGAUAAAAGCCAUGUUACAACAAUAUAAUAAACUCAACAGAAAGAUUAAUAGUGUAGCCCAAACUCACUUACCGACUAAUUCGUUUAUAAAAUUCCAUCACUCUGAUGUAUCUGUUGAACUAAAACACUUAAAACAGAAUUUAUAUUAUCACAAAAUACCUGUCGAGAUUCACUACGGAUCAUCUUUUAACGCAUCCUACAAAUAUGACGCUUCAUUCAAAAACACAAACGAAAUCUCUAAAAACAAAAAGUUGCAGAAAUGGGAUGAUUUAGAUUGCUGCGAUAUUACUUUUGGUAGUAGACUAAACGAAAGCGGAAAAAUCAAACUGGAAAUACUAGCUACUAAUAACGAAGAAACAAAUGAGAAAAGUGAUACAGAACAAGAAACUACUAAUGAUCUUAAUACAAAUUCCACGGAUUCUGAAAGUACAGUGGAGUAUUAUAAAGAUGUUAUGGACGAAUGUAAUGAUAAACUGAAUAAUGCCGAUAAACUUUCUUUAAAUUUAGAACAUUCCCAAUCAGAAAAAGAACACGAUGCUGACAAAGAAGAAAAUCUUACUAAGCAAAACAAUAAAAAUGCAGGAGAAAAUGAAAAUGGGGAAAGUAAAAAAAAUAGUGUAGACGUUGUUGAGAGUCUAAGUAAUAACUAUGAUAAUAUUAAAUCUAUAGAUACAGAAGACAAUGACAACGACUUUUCAGGUUUCGAUCUAAAUACUGAAAAAGAGAAGAAAAAUAGUGGAAGUAACAAUUCUGACCAAAUAAUUACUAAUGAUAUUAAUAUAACCAACGAUAAUAAAAAUGUAGAAGAAAAAGACAACGGGGAGUGUCAUAUAAGUGAGGAAGAAUGUAUUAAUCAUAAUAAUGUCAAUGAUAAUAAUUAUUCUUCCAGUACAGACCAAAAUAUUGAAAGAGAUAGUGAGAAUAAUGAACAUUUAGAAUCUGAAGUCAAUUUUCCAGAAGGUAAUAAAAGUCCCGAAAUAUCAAAUAGCACUAAUGUAUCUGAUAUAUCUACUAUUAGAGUGAAGACUGUUUGUGAACUGAAUAAUUAGAUUAUUGUGUAUUAUUUUAUUAGAUUUUUAUAUUAAGAAGAAGAAAAUUUUAUUAUAAUUCUAGUUUUUUGUUAUUAAUUAUUAAUUUGUUAGUUUAUUGUCUUCUUAAACAUUUUAAAAAUUUGUCCUUUUUAAAAAUUAUAGAUUUCAUUUUA